GGGAGGCGGGCGCGGAUUGGCGGCGCCGCGAGGGGCGGGUGAAUGAACGGGGCGCGGGGCGCGGGGCAGCGGCCGAGCCCCGGUGCGGAGCGGCCCCGGGAGCGCAGCGGGCACCGGCGGAGUCGCCGCCGCCGCCAGCAGCCGGGGCCAUGGGCACGCCGGCCUCGGUGGUGAGCGACCCUCCGGGGCGAGCGGCGCCCGCGGUCCGCUGCCGCAAGCGGGCCUCGGCCAACAUAUUUCAGGGCGUGGGGCUGCCGGAGCUGCGGAGCCUGUUCCGGAGCGGCGGGGCCGAGCGGCCGGAGGAGCUUGCCCGCCUCGUCUGGCGGUACGCGGGCCAGCGGCGCAUGGCGCGGGCCCUGCGGCGGCUGCGGCGACGGCGGCCGACCCAGCCCGGCAGCGGGAUGGCGGCUCUGCGGCGCUUCGGCCGCUUGCGGAUCACAGAGAAGGAGCCCGAGGGCACCCGCGGCACCGAGGCGCCCUCGGGGUCCCUGUAGCAGCGCUGAACAGCCGGGCCGGAACAUCCAGGCUCUCUGAAGACACUAAGUGUAUUGGAUGGAGUGCAAUGGUUAAUAAAAGGUGGACAGUA